AUGGCCACGCAAAGAUUUUGCCUCCGGUGGAACAACCACCAGUCGAAUAUGCUGUCGGUAUUUGAUCAACUUCUGCACGCAGAGACGUUCACAGACGUGACAUUAGCCGUAGACGGCCAGUUGCUUAAAGCACACAAAAUGGUACUAUCGGCUUGCAGCCCUUACUUCCAGGCCCUCUUCGUCAAUCAUCAAGAGAAACAUCCCAUUGUUAUACUAAAAGAUGUUCCUUACUCGGACAUGAAAAGCUUGUUGGACUUUAUGUACAGAGGAGAAGUGAGUGUUGACCAAGAAAGGCUGACAGCCUUUUUAAAAGUGGCCGAAAGUCUAAGGAUAAAGGGCCUCACAGAAGUGAACGAGGAGAAAUGCGAUAUACCUGCCCUUACGAACUCGUUGAUACAACAACAAACAAACACGUCUGCGCACACACCUCCGCCGCAGUUGCAUAGAAUACACCCAUACAUGCACCAAAAAAGGCCAGCCUCUGGAAUUCCGAGUGGCGGGGCUCCGCCAAAUCUGCUCAUGCCAUUAUUAGGCAACGCCUUGAUGCAGCCGAAACGGAAAAGGGGUCGGCCUCGGAAGCUCAGCGGGAGUUCAAGUGACGCUCUGACUACAGCCGCGAGCCCUCCCGGAGAAUUUAUUCCAGAGUCUGCGUCCCAUUCGUCGAACAGAGCUGGGGAUCAGUUGAUCAGGGGUUCGCCCGAGAUGUUGGAAGUGAAAAUGUCGAUGGAUGGAUUCAAUCAAGAGGAUGGCGCAACAUCCGGCGGCGAAGAAGGCGGGGAAGCGCUCAUGAUCGACGAAGGUGAAGACGCCCAAUCAAACGAAGCUCCCAAUUCAGGAAAGGACUCCGAGUCGGCAGAUACCGCAAAAGUACCAAAAGAGGAAUCACAACCAAAUUUUUCGUCUAACGGUCCGGUGCUCUCUAUCGAGAAUGGAUCUAUUAAACAGGAAGCUACCGAAAGCACAGAUGAAUACAACGAACCAAUAGAAUACAAAUAUAAUCCAGACAGGAGCCGUGAAAACUCCAAUUCGCAGGAUGGCCCACUGAAAGAGGCAGACGAUAAAAACAGACUAGGUCGUAACUUAAAGCCAAAGAAUAGUAAAAAAAUACUUCCCCAAAUGUCAAAAUUUAGAGCUCGAACACUAUUCAAUCAGUUGUCAGGGUUGUCAAACUUGAACCCAGCCCUUAAUACCUUCGAUAAGUUUCCACCCGAAACUGUCCUUAUGCCAGCUCUUGCCACUCAGCUCUUUGCCGCUGAACUAGAACAAAAUAAUCUCAACAUGGCUAACAACGAUGUGACUGACUUAUCUCAAACUAACUGGGAACAUCGCAUUUUCCCUUCGCCCAUUAGAAAAAAUAAUAUAGGAAAUGUUGGCAACUAUCACGAGGAAACUAACGAGUCAGUCAGGGACUAUUGCAUCAAGGAAGGCGAAAACGUCUUUCGAUGUAAAAUUUGCGCGCGAGUGUACACUCAUAUUAGCAAUUUCUGUCGACAUUAUGUCACUUCCCAUAAGAAAGACGUCAAAGUGUUCCCCUGCCCCAUUUGCUUUAAAGAGUUCACCCGAAAGGACAACAUGAUCGCACACUUGAAGAUUAUACAUAAGAACCAACCGAAUUCCAACGAACAAACUGCUAAGCAGGAAUCUUAA